AUGGCCGCCGCUGACGUCACCACUAGGCGGCCUAGAGACGAGAGACUGCGCACAAGACGAGAAGCGCCGUCCGCGGCUAUCAGCGAAGAAGGCGCGCCCGAUAAGGCGGAGCAGAUAUCGACUGCGGCGACGACAUCAGGCCGGCCAUUGGUGCGCGGACCGCUAUUGGCCACUCUCCGAGCGCGCCCGAACCUGCCCGAGGAGCGCGAGUCAUCCGGGCGCAGACGGAGCGUCACGACGGCGCGGCAGUGGAGUCGACCUGGCCGGACCGCCGCGGUCUUCGCCGGACGCCUGGACGCCGGCCCGACACCGCUCAGGGACCCCCUGGGAGACCGGCCACCCGCCGCGCGCGGGAGCAUGGCGGGUUGCGGAGCUGCCCCCGGGCUGCUCACCCGACUCCUGCUGAUGCUGCUGGUGGUCUCGCAGGUUACCAGUUUGAAAAAUUCGUCAUUAAUAGGCGGGACGAGCGUGGCGAGCGUGCAGAGCGUGCAGAGCGUGGUGUACGCGGCCGCCGUCAGCAACCUGAGCGUGGUCGCCGAGUUGCUCCACGCCGGCUCCCGCACGCUGCAGCUCCGCGUCGCCUGGCGGCUGCCCUCAGAAGGCAGGCGCCCCUCCAGACUGGUGCUGACAGUGGUACGGGCCGACUACCCCGGCUGUCCCCUGGAGCCCGACUACUGCCCCGACGGCUUCGUCUACGAGGUCAUAGAGGACACGGACAGGACGAACAUGGCGGUCCCGCGGCAUCCGCUGCGCGAUCCGUUCAAGAUCGUGCCCGAGUGCUGCUACGAGGUGAAGAUGGAGUCGAGCCCGCACGACGGGCGAACCUUCGCCGCCGUCAACUUCUCCGCCCCAGAGUGUGUUCGAGAUGUGUGCAGUUGUCGCGUGAACAGACUGCCCGCCCCCAAUGUGACGUCAGUGUCUGCGGUGGGCGCAGACACCGUGAAGGUCACGUGGACCGUGGACCCCGUGGAGAGGGGAGGGGAGGGGGAGGCGCUGGCGAACAUCUCCAGGUUCAGGGUCAGGCUGGGCGAGGAGGUGCUGCGCUCCAGCAGCGGACUCGCUGUGUUCAACACCAGCGCGCGGGCGGCCGUGCCGGGGGCGGCGGCCGGGGGCGGCGCGGCGCUGCUGGGGGCGGCGCUGAGGGGCGACCGCCGCUACCAGGCCGAGGUGUGGGCCGAGGACGCCAGGCGGUGCCGCGGUCGCAGCGGCUCCCUCGUCUUCGCCGGAGGAUCACUCGUACAUAGUAGUGAACUGAAAUAUAACAUUUGGGCGCUGCCCGUCGUCCUGGCGAUCUGCGUGCUGGCGGCUGCUCUCUGCCUCGCGGCCUGGCUCACCAGUCGUCGUUGCGUCAGGCGCGCCGAGCUGCGUCUGCGCCCGCCCGACGCCUACAAGCCCGUCAGCGUCAACAGUGACAUUCCUCGAUUUUCUGAUGUCAUCAAGUCAGCUUUACAUGAAAGAAACAUUCUCUACGUGGAAGCAGAAAUAGAGGACGCACGGCGCCGCGGGGCUGCGGACUGCUUCGAGGUGAGCCCCGGCUGCCUGCAGCUGCUGCACGAGGUGGGCAAGGGUGCGUUCGGCCAAGUGUUCCUGGCGCAGGCCGAGUGCCUGGGAGGCGUGCCGGGUCGCCUCGCCGUGGCUGUCAAGACACUCCGGCCGCAGGCCAGCGACGAGGAGUCGGAGGAGUUCCUGGCCGAGAUAGCGAUGAUGAAGCGGGUGGGCCGACACCCGAACGUGGUCGCCAUGCUGGGCUGCUGCACCCUGGCCGCGCCCUACUUCAUGGUCAUGGAGUUCGUGCCGUGCGGAGACCUGCUGCGGUACCUGCACGCCCUGAGGGCCAAGUACCAGCGGCGGGUCGCGGCCGGACCAAAGUACCUGCAGCUCAUGCUGACCCCCUCUGACUCAGGGGCGUCCUACAUUUUCCCCGGAGAAUCAUCAUGCGACUCGUCGGAGAGUGUGUUCAUUUCUCCAGACACCACAGACAGCGGUGCAUCAGCACCGAGCGGUACACUGGCCAGCGCGGCGGACGAAGCGCCGGUCCGAGCCGGGCCGCGCGGACGCAGCAGCGUGCUGGACUCGGCGGAGCUGCAGGACUUCGCGCUGCAGGUGGCGCGGGGGAUGGAAUACCUGGAGGACAGGCAGAUCACGCACAGGGACCUGGCGGCGAGGAACGUGCUGAUCGACGAGCGCAAGACCCUCAAGAUCUCGGACUUCGGGCUGUCGCGGCGCGGCGUGUACGUGACCGCGGGGCACAAGAAGGUGCCGCUGCGCUGGAUGUCGGUGGAGGCGAUCCGGGACAACCAGUACUCCAGCAGGAGCGACGUGUGGGCCUUCGCCGUGCUGCUCUGGGAGAUCGGCACCCUGGGAGCAUUUCCGUAUGCCACGGUGGGAGACUACAGACUCCUGCCCUUCCUGCUGGAGGGGAAGCGUUUGGAGAAGCCAGACAACUGCACCAAAGAACUGUACGCGCUGAUGCUCCAGUGCUGGGCGCACAGCGCCGACGACCGGCCCCAGUUCGCGAGCGUCGUGGCGUCGCUGGAGGCGAUGUCGGCCUCCAGGCGCGCCUACGUCAACUUCGACCAGCUUCUCGAGGGUCACUCCUUCCCGCCGACCGAGGAGGAGCUCAAGUCGCGCUGAAGAAGCGACCGGACACUCGCCUCAACGCUCGCCCCGAUACGUCGACUGCGGACCCGGAUCGACGAGGAAGCGGCUGACGUACGAAACCCACGUGGCAGACCACGCGCAGUCGUGCGCGGAUCGACCAUAAUGAACAAAAUAAAACAAUAACCGGUGCAAUAAUGUCAUAUCGUAACUAAACUUUUCGAGUUUCUGCUGGUUUUGCGACUGGCCCAAAGCACGUAAUACUCGGGCAUUCAGCAGCGAAAUGGAGUAGCGGCUCCUUUGAUGCAGGUGUAAUCAACAGUCUGUUGGCCAAGUCGUAGCCAGCGGCGUAUGCAAAAUCCUAAAAUAAAAUAUAUAAUUCCCACCAAAAAAAGAAAAGAAUUUGAAAGCAAGCGGGACUGGAAAAAUUUGCGGGGUUCAAUGACCUCCAGGAUACAUUCCAUGUUCCUCUGCUUUCUCUGCCUUUCCAUUGGCUGUAAACUUGUGAGGUGUCUCAACCGGGUAACUUAUGAUUCUAUCUUCAUUGAGUGAGUGUCUCUAAUUGGCCCAGGGUCCUCCAGAUUUACAGUGAACUAAUAUCAGAAGCUUCAAAACGGUAUAAUUACUUUAAAAUUAGCACAUCACGAAAUGGUUCCGCAAGUUUUUCCGGUCUCUAUCUUAUCUUCCCCCUCCCUUCGAAAUUAAAUUCUGCACAUGCUCACGAUUGCAGCUGUGGGGACGGCCUCACGUCUGAUUGGUCACUCCUCGCCAUGGAAACCUCUCAUUGGCCGGGUCCAGCUGCUGGCUCAGUUCGCCCCCUGGACACAUUGUUUGGCUGGUUGGGUUUCCAUAAGUACUCAUUAUUUUGUCAAUUUAAAUAAUGAAUUCCUUGUAAAUUAUGUUUUAAAACAUUAACUUUGAAUUGUUUCUUUUUUUCAUUUGAGAUCAUACCCGCAUCCUUACUAUUCUCAUUUAUUAUUUCUUGUUCAAUUAAAAAAAUACUAAUAAUUUCUCUCUAUCUGUACUUAAUAAGCGAGAAGCGAGAAGUUUCACUUGUGUUGCGCGUGGACUCCACGCACAUAUUUCUUUUACUAUUGACCGUCUCAUGCUUAGAUUGCAGUGCAUGGCUUAUGGCGUGCGCUGUUGCCAGAUCUCUUAACACGUUACGAAGAAGUUCAGGGGGAAUGCACUCCUUUAGAAUCUGUUCCAGUGGUUUAUAAUGUUUUGGACCUGUACCUUCUAUCACGUUUCAUAAAUCUAUAAUAAAUCGCCUCUUUUUUUUAAAAUUAAAACAAGAAACAAUUCACACACUUUCAUUGAUAUGAAUUGAUACGAAAAUUGUAAUGUUCACUUGAUAAAUAAAUGAAUAAUAUCCAAUACCUUCAAUUUCAAGUAUACUUGUUAUAUUUGGCAACAGCACGUGCAGAAACGAGGACAGUGCUUGUGACAGUUGGCGUGUGUUAGAAAGAGAAAGAAAGCGAUCUUAACUUCUUCCUGCAAUCUAAGAAUGGGAAACAAAAGUGAUUUUGAGGGGGGAUGGGGAAGGAAGGGGGGGGGGUGUUUAGAAAAAAAAUUAACACGUAUGUUGUUUGGUAUUUUAACACUUUGAAAAAUACUACAUAAGUAAUUACGAAAUAUUGGCACUGCGUAAUUCUUGACAGAAGUCAUAGAAACUAACACCUUGAGAUUUCUCGUAGGAUUAACUUAAAAUCUCGUAACUAUUUACUAUUGAACGCCAUCUGUGAAAAUGUAAGAACAAAAAUACCCUCCCCCCCAUCCUCUAUUCAUUUUGAGCUGGAUACUUCUUUGCUAGUUCACCCUGACUGAUGCUGAGAAGUAUUGUGGUGCAUCAAUUGUCUUCCAAACUAAAACUCCUUCAGCCUCAGUAUGCUACAGCCAUUGGCCUUCGUCGAUGUUGUUGCUGAUGCGAUCUGAGUGAGACCUGUGGGGGAAAAAAAGUCUGAUUUCGUGCAGAAUGCAGUGGAAGGUUUGCAGCAUUUCCCAGUGUUUCAACAUCACAAUGUCACUUAUACUGUAAAGAAUAAUAAAGAAAAAUGUUAUCAA